AAAAAACUCCAUCGUAGCCGUUGCUGGAUCAGGCCGGGCGUGGACAGGAGGACAGGAGCCGUCAGCCUGAGACCAUGAGCGCCCCCCUGGAGAGGGCCGUGGCCCAGAAGAAGGAGGCCAUCGAGGCGGCCAUGGAGAUGUUUGAGCGCGGCGCCGAGGUGCUGGCGAGCGCGGUGGGCGAGCUCCUCCCCCUGUGCACGGCCGCCGCCCCCGUGCUGCGCCUGGCGCUCCACAACGUCCAGAGCAAGGAGGUCUUCUACGUCAAGGAGCAGUUCCUCACCGUGCGCAACCGGCUGGACGUGCUCUCGGGCCAGCUGGACGACAUCGACGGGGAGCUGCGGAGGAGCCGGCUGGACGCGCACUACUUCGGCGUGGAGGAGAACGUCAGGAACCAGUUCAGGAAGUACAUGGACAUCCUGGAGGCCAAGCCGGAGUUCCACGCGGUGAAGACCCGGCUGUUCCGGGAGCACUUCGCCCGGACGGGAGGGGAGAAGAACCUCUAUGUGCUGUACGAGGCGGUGAUGGGUCUCAACAGCUUCGGGGAGUCGGUCCUAGACGUGGUGGAGAGGUACGUCUCGAGGAACCGGCGUCUCCUGGAGGACUUCUGCGUGAGGCUGAAGGAGCUCUUCUGCCUGGGUCUGAUCGCUCUGCUGGGCCACUGCGCCCUCACCCAGGAGGACGAGGAGGACGAGAAGAUCCAGGACUGGAGCGGCCGCAUCGACCAGGUGGAGUCCAAGAUGAAGGCCGUCAUCGAGGCGUGCGUGGCGGCCUUCCCCGAGCAGGCCAAGACGGACGCAGAGCGGCUGCUGAAGGAGAGAGACGGGCAGGAGCUCCCGGACGUCGCCCAGGCUCUGCGGGAGUUCCUGGCGGGGAAGUACGACUGGGUGAGCUGGUCCGUGCGGGUCAUCAACCACGCGGGGAGCACCUACCGCAAGUGGAGGGCCGGGGAGCACUUCCACCACGUGGCCGGUCGGAACUGGUUCGAGGUGCUCCAGGUGAACAACGUCAACCUGGUGGUCUCCUACCAAGAGGGGGCCGCUCCCCAGAAGGUCCCCCGAGACCUGAUCCAGGAGCUGAUGGAGGGCCCGGGCAGGAAGGGGAACGCCCAGGCCGUGGUGGAGGUCCUGGAGAAGCAGCUGGGCGGGUUCGUGGUGCACGCCGUCAGCCGCCACAAGGAGAGCACGGCCGCCUGGAGCUUCCCCGAGGAGUCGCACUACUGGGAGAGGCACAAGAACGUGGCGGUCUGCGUCCACCCGGAGUAGACGGGGGUUUGGUUUCUUGGGGUUUGGUUGUUUUUGGUGCGUUGUCGUCAUGAUGCACUAUGUGUUUCGUGGAGUUUCUAGGUAAA